AUGGGAUGCGCCACCAAGAACGCGAAAGUGGUCGCGAUCUCGCUCGGUUCCUUGCAACGCCUGAUCGCAUUGAAGGCCGUCCCACAGUCUGCAGUACCACUCAUCAUCAAUACCAUGGGCGAUUGCAUAAACCAGGGUGUCGACAUUCAGCUACGAAUACUGCAGACACUGCUCUCGCUCAUAACCAACUUCCCCGCAGUCCACGGACAACUCUUGGGUGAUGCAUUGCUACUUUGCUUCAGGUUACAGGAGUCCCGAAUCGCCGUAGUAUCGUCAACGGCCGCCGCCACUCUGCGACAAUUAGUGAUGUUCGUCGUCGACAAAGUUGUGGACGAGGACCGCCGAGACGAGCUCACGAACGUGGACAAGAUCGAAGCCACGCUCCCGAACGGCGCAACGACCAGGCUAGGCCCCUCGGCCCACGACGCUUAUGCGGUCUUCGAGGAUUUAUGCCUGCUCGCAAACUCGGAGACCCCACGCUUCUUGAAGCUAGAUUCGCUACGAAAGACGUUCGCAUUAGAGCUGAUCGAGAGUGUGCUCACGAACUACCACGACCUAUUCCGCAAGCAUCCAGAGCUCCUGCUCCUGCUGCAACACCACUUGUGCCCGCUCGUACAUAAGUCGCUCUCCGACAGACCAAACUUCCCUCUCACGCUGCGUUGCACCCGAGUCGUCUUCUUGCUGCUGAAGCAGUUCUCGUCGGAGCUCAAGACCGAGUCCGAGGUCUUCCUCAUGUUGCUCAUCCGGAUCAUCGGCGCAGAAAGCAGCGACGCGGAUCCUUCCGAAAGCGCACAGGGCCAUACCAGCCGACCCCUAUGGAUGCGCGUACUUGCCAUGGAGAUCAUGCGUGGUCUGUGUAGCGACGCGGAGCUCAUGCGGAACGUCUGGGAUCGGUAUGACGCGGAAGAGGGCGGCUCGAAAGUGUUCACGUCCUUGAUAUCGGCGCUCAAGAGGCUCCUCACGGAGCGCCCGCAGCUGCUCGGCGUGUGUCAACAGAUGUUUGGCAUAGGAGUCUCAACACAUCCUUCCAGCGCCAGCACGGAGAGCGUGUACGGGCUCGAUGUCAGUGGCCUUUCCGGGAUGGUGGCGAGCGCUGCUAGCGCGACGGUGUCAGGAGUUGCUAACAUGAUGACCACGGAGGCGGGACUAAGCGUCCAGGGUUCAGCCAUGAAACUGCAAUGUAUCGACCAGUUGGAUAAAGCGGACUCGCCACCCAUCCCGGAGGCCUACCUCUAUUUGUUGGGAGUACAAUGCCUCGUUUCUCUUUGCGAGGGCUUCGCCACCUUCACCGCCCCACUGUACAACUCCGUCAUGGUACAAAAGCCCCGGUCUGCUGGUGAGCCUGUCAUCCGCGCUCCGCCUGCACUGGACCUCUCAAGUCUGCCACCCGACGAGCCCGCGACGAAGCAACUACACACAGUGCACGAUAUGGUCGAAAGCGGAUGGCCUGCGCUCCUCGCCGCGAUCUCCUUCUUGAUCUCGACGAACCUCUCUGACGAGCUGUUCGUCGACGUGCUUGCGAGUUACCAGGCGCUGACAACGGUGUCCGGCAUGCUCGGCCUCACCACGCCGCGCGACGCUUUCUUCACCAGCCUGGCACGCUUGGCGAUCCCUGCACGUGUGGUAUCGAGCAUCGACUCGUACAUGCCCAUGGAGCCCAGCACACCCCGCACGGCCGCCAGCGCGAUCUCAGAGAGCUUUGGGGUGACGCUGCCUGGCGCGAGUACGCAGCCGCCUGGCCUGUCGGAGCGUAACAUGGCGUGCCUGAAGGUUCUGGUUUCCAGCGCACUGUUCCUCGCGGGCAGUCUCGGCGACAGCUGGUUCGAUAUACUCGAGGCGCUGCAGAAUGCGGACUACGUCUUAACGAUGAAGGGCGCGCGGGCAUCGACGAAUAAACGCCACACCAUCGGACCUGGCGCGGGCAGCCUCCCUCCCUCGCGCAGUGUCUCUACCAGUGGACAGUCUCCCCAAGUUGGUUCCGCUCAGCAGCAGACGGCGCCCCAGUCGAGACACCCUCUCUUGGCUGAUCUGGAUCCGGAGAGCCUUCAGCACGCCAUCCAGAGGUUGUUCGAUGCGACGAAGAACCUGGACGACGAUGCGUUCCGGGACUUCGUGAAGGCGCUGUGCAAGCUGAGCGCGGCGAUGAUCGGGAUGCAGUCGGAGGGUGCCGAGCUGUCUGCUGGGGUGAACGAGUCGUCCGAGGAGCUGGCCACGAGCGCUGGGCUUUCUCCCCCGGUGGACUCGGCGCAUCGCCGACGUGUUAGCGGAAUCCACCUGCCCCGUACUCUGCGCUCUGGAGACUUCGGUGUUAGCAAACUAGGGGGUGUCGCAAUGCUCAACAUCCACCGCCUCAUUUACCGCUCGCCGGACGUCGCAUGGGACCCGGUGACCGUCCACCUCCUCUCUGUCAUACGGCACCCGCACGCGCCUCCUACUAUCCGUACUCAAGCAGCCCGUGUCCUGGAUGACAUACUGGUGGUCGUUCCCCGGAACAUCUCGACUACUGGGGACCUUCAGCCCAAGGUUCAGCGGAGGGUGUUGGACGUUCUCGCGCAGCAGGUUAUCCCGGAUUCAUCAGUCAGCAGCACCACGACGGUUGAGAUCAGACGGAUGGGUCUUGAGACGCUGCACCAGAUCUUGCAGUCCUCUGGGCACACCCUCGUCGUCGGAUGGGAGACUAUCUUCGAGAUGCUCGGCAGUGUGUGCAAGCCCGCAGCCGCUCCCUCAAGAGCGUUGACUCCUACGGCCACACUCUCUCCGCAGCAGGAGCUCGGCAAGAAUCGUCCGCCGCCGCUCGGCUACCUCAACGAGAAGGGGUACACAUCACUAGUGAAGAUCGCUUUCCAGUCGCUCACCCUGGUAUGCGACUCCCUGUCGUCACUGUCCCCUGAGCAUCUCCGGCUAUGCAUCAGCACUCUCGGUCAGUUCGGGCGGCAGGCUGACACCAAUAUCGCUUUGACCGCGGCGGAAAGUCUCCUCUGGGGUGUAUCUGACUCGAUCCAGGCAAAACGCAGGGAAGAGGACAAGGAGCCCGAGUACAAUGCGCUCUGGAUGUCUCUCCUGCUAGAGGUGCUGGGUCUGUGCACGGACGCGCGGCCCGAGGUGCGCGUCGGGGCGAUUCAAACUCUCUUCCGGACGCUGCAACUGUACGGCGCAACCUUGAGCCUGGACACCUGGGACGAGUGCAUCUGGAAGGUCACGUUCCCACUCCUCGACUCUAUCACCGCUUCGAUGCGACGGAGUUCAGCUGUCGUGCUGCAGGGCGAGACGGCGGAGGCUCCAGACUUGCAAUGGGACGAGUCGAAGAUCCUAGCGCUGCAGUCAAUAGGGUCCAUCUUCCAAGACUUCCUGACGAUGAAGAUCAUGCAGCUCGACUCCUUCACGCACGCAUGGGAGGUCUUCGUCGGCCAUAUCAAGGACUCGUGGCUGCACGACAACCGCACUAUCACUGCACCUGCCUUGCGUUGCUUGGAGAAGGCGAUCAAGUCGUGCUCUGCAGCCGAGGAGCUCAAAGCCCGCACGGCUGAAGCUCUGGAGAUAGCCUGGCUUGCAUGUGAUGAGAUGGGUGGUGUCAUGCUCGAACAGGGACCUUCGUCGCCCGCAGGGAAGGCAUCGGUGGCUGGCAACCCAGACGUCAAGGCCUUGACGCAGGAAAGCCUCAUGGCGUACGUGGAUGUGAUUCGAUGCACCCGUAGCGUAGGACGUCAGCUGGAGGAUCGCGAGUGGUUGCUGGAGCGUCUAACGCGCCUCAUGACAAUUCUGAAAGGUGUCCUCACGUACCCCAGUUCGCCGGACUUCCGACUAGAUGUGGAUGCGUUAAGUCCAGUUCAGAGCGUUGUAAUGGAAGCGGUGGAUAGCAUCGAACUAUCUGCGCCCGGCGUCGCCUCGCUCGUUCUGCGCGACCUUUCCGAGUACGCGACUCUUCCCUUCCUCGCGGCCUUCGACAUCCCACCCGCUGCUCCAUCCUCCACGUCGCGAGCAGGCCGGACCGGCCCCAGCCGCGUGACCUACAUCGCGCUGUCCAAGAAGGUCAUGCCAUUGCUCGUCGAGCUCUUCCUUCGCUUCAAGGAAGAUGCCGCCAUAUACGGAGACGGCACUGUCGAGGCUCUGUUCGCGGCAUACUCCAUACCUAUCAAGCUGAAGUACGAUUGCCCGGCGCCCUCCAAGUUCGGCAAGGACCAGCCACUGUGGAAGACCGCCACGACGAGUUUCCUGCGCAUAGUCAAGGAAUGUGGUCUGCACGUGCGGAAACUUCAAAGCGAUAUCGCGGCCGAGCACGUCGAAGGAAUAUGGCGCCAGGUGGUCGACACAUUCCGUGGCGGUAUUCUUGCGGACUGUUCCGCCGCUGAACAUUUCCCCCUCGAUACUCAAGAAGAAGAAGAGAACUUCGACUUGUCGCUCGUCGCAUCCCUCGAAAUCGAUGUGGUUCCGUACCUCGGAGACCCCUCCGUGCCGGAUUACAUCGUCUCGCAGCUGGCUCGUGUCCUGCAUCAAGGGAGCCAGUUGCGGGUCGCCGAUUAUGACCUUCCGCCCUCGCCAACUUCCCUGCCUGAUGUAUCGUCGUCCGGAAAGGCAGCGGAAGACUGGUUUUCGAAAGACUUCGAAAAGCUCGAGACGUUCGGUGACGGGUCCAUUGGCAUGGGGACGACGGCGCCGGGACGAUUCCUCCCUCGAGAGCGUUUCUCGUACUGGUGCUUCGAUCUACUCUUCCUUAUCUGCUCAGACACUUCACAGGACCAGAUACCCUCCCGAAGACGGAUCGCAGCUCUAUCGAUACCAUCUCUACUGGAACGCUGCCGGAUGACACUUGUCAGUUACAUUGCGGACGAAUCAUUGCGCGGAAGCCUCCCAUUCCCUAGAGCUCGCGAGGAAGAACUGCUAUACGUACUCCGCAAGCUGCUCGCGUUGAAGCUAUGGCCGGGCACUCUCUGGGCAGCGCUAUCCGACUCACCCUCGGCAUACUGCGUAGAACAGCCCAAUAUCGAUCAGUCGCUCCCGCCUUCGGACCUCAUUGCGGAUGCAGUAAAACGCUCGACGAAGGCGCAUCUCUUCCAUUUCUACCCCAUUUUGUGUGAGAUCGUGGCCAUCCCGCGCAAGACGCCGACAGCGUGGGUCAUGUCGGCCGUCCCUCGCGCAUCUGCGACAUCGAGUGUGGCUUCGCCCAACGACGCCAGGCAUGGCAUGAGCUUCACGGAUGUCGCGAAAGGCAAUGCGGACGAGGGACAUGCGGUUGAAGUAGACGCGAGGGCCCUGGUGAAGGAAUGCCUGAAGGAAGUGGGUCGGGAGUUAGGGGUCGGUCGCUAG